AAUCAAAUCUCUUUACUCAACAGCUCCAUAGAGUUGGUUUCUACGCAGUCAACGUAUUCAACAAGAAAUAACCUCAUAAACAAUGAUGAUCAAAUCCUUCGCUUUAUUCGCCUUAGUGGCUAUUUCCGCAGCUUUCAUUGUUCCUGAGGAUCAAUACCAGGAGUAUAUGAUUGUAGGACACUACGAACCCGAUGAACAUGAACUUGUGGAUCUCGAUCAAUAUGUCAGACACAGAAGAUCUUUUGCUCCAGGCGGUACACAAAUCGGCGGCAGCACAGAAAGUCCGUAUCCAUGGAGUGUAGGAGGUAAAGUUGAUAGAGUUGGACAAGAUACCGUUGCCAAGAUUAAUGCUGGUCACAAAACUGAUCAAACUCAAAUUACUGGAACUUGGAAUAAAGUUGUUAGGGGACCACACAAGUCUAAACCCAACUGGAGUAUUGGUGCUCAUCACAGAUGGUAAAACGUAGCUAAUGUAGCUAACGAAUUAGUAAAAUGUUCAUAAUUGAUUUAAUUAUUUAAUUAAAAAAAUAAAUAAUAUAAUAUUCUAUAAAUUUGUAUUUUUACCUGUUGUGUUAAUAUAACCGGACUGAAAUAUAACA